AUGACGACCCAAAUAUUUUCUGACACUGCCCUAUCGACCUCAGAUAUAGAAAACCUCACAAAUGAAAACGAAAGUAGAGAGUUGAAAUGGCUCAUUAGCUCCAUAAUAAAGCCUCAACUACCCGAAAUAAGAGAGGGUCUCAGCUCGUGCUUAAGACAGGUUUCCGAAGAUAACGAAGAAAUCUUCAAACUUCCUCUUUCUUCUCAUAAAUCCGAGAUGCUCAAGGGAACAGUAAGUCGGCAGAAUUUCAAGAUCGUCGGUCUUCACGUAUCUAUCAAGGCCAAGAAUUUCAAUGGUGGUAAGUCAUAUGAUUUGACACUCAAACCUGGAGUCGAUAACUUUAUUAUAAUACGACAGCUCCUCGAUUGUCACGAUUACAUAUACAAUGCGGUACAUACGAUAGACAAAAUUGCUGAUGCAGAUAAAUUGGACUCGAUGGUAUUUGUGAAAUACAUCGAGCAACUAUACAGGCAUAUCAGCUCGGCUAAAAAAGCCCUCUAUUUGCCCAAUCCUGCCUACAUUUUUCCCGAAUACAGAAAUUGCGCUUCUAGUUUCGAGCCUGAGAUGCCAGAACAGAUUAGUUUGGACUUCUUUGUCAACAACAGCGAGCUUACCAUUGACUUUCAAAACCUUAAAAGAGUCGCCAGAAAACCGUGGUGUACUAUAAUCGACAAAGCUGGUAGAAUAUCGUUUGUAGAUCACGUGCGAGACAAAAUAUCCAAAGAUAGAGCUCGUUCUAUUCAUCAAAUCAUAGUUGAUGAGUAUCAGAAACUGCUCAGAUGGAAGAAAGCCAUUCCUGCUGAUAAUGACGUUAACGAGGAAGAGACUACCAGCACUAUCGGUAUGGCUCUCAAGUCUAUUUUUGUCUCCAGCGGAGAUCCAUCACUUUCCACGUUGCUUAAAAGCGCCAGCAAGUACUUGGAGCAGUGUAUUACCUACAUGGACAACACUAACAAACCUUAUGUGGUGAAUAUCCUUGAUAAGUGCGAAAUGAUCACUUCCGAUCCUAUCUUAUUGUCACUUAGUAUCAAACUGGAUAGUCUAGAGAGGGCCGUACACCGUAUUGCGGAAAAUUUGAAAAAUCUGACGCUUUAA